CCCCACAUCACACACAAGAAGCCUCCGGGAUGGCCGAGAAAGAUGGAAAAGAUGGAAAAGACGGGAAUGCCGGACAGGACGGAGGCACAGACGGCUGGGCCGGCAUCGAGGAGCGCCUGGAGAAGAUCCAGGAAAGCCUCCAGAACCCCUCUCUGCCCCGCUCUCGCCGCCUGGCUGCCUGCGACCGCGCCCUGCGCGCCUGCGUGGCCGAGCUGGCCCGGCCCGGCGGCUCGCCGGCCCACGGCACCCGGCUGCUCGCCCUCGCCCAGGAGGCCACCCAAGGGUACCUGAGCCUCCUGCCCGACCCUCCGCAGCUCUACCUGGAGAAGAUUUUGUUCCACGUGCUGCGGAACGCUGCGGCGUGGGCGGGACACCACGCCUGGAGUGCGGCCGAGCUGCUGCGGGCGCGGCUCCGGUGCGGCCACCGCAACAACGAUUGGGCCGCCGUGGCCAGCGGCGCCUUCGGGGUGCUCUGGAGAGCUGCCCCAAAUUUGGCCGGGCCGGAACGGCCACGCGAGGAAGGCAGGGCGGAGUUGGUGGCCAGGAUGAGAGCGCUGCGGUUCCUGGUGCUGUUGGAAUGCCGGGAUCGGGAAUGGCCAACGCCGGAAUCGUUCCGGCCGCCGUUCCUCACCUCGGCCACUGCCCGGCACGCGGCCACGGCCGCCGUGCUCUACCGGAGCCAGCGGGCGGCGUGCCCGCUCUUCCUGGCCAGGCAGCUGCAGGAAUUCCUGCUGGAUGCUCUGCUGGACGAGGCUCGGGAUCACCCUCGGGAUCUCCGGCAUUCCCUGUGCUUCCUGGAGCUCUCCCUGCAGCGCUGCCGCCUCCUCUGCCAGGCCCGGCGGCACCGCCAGGCCCUGGAGGCCCUGGAGGAAUCCAGAACUUUCCUGGGAUUUGGGAAUUUUCCGGGAGAUGGGAAUUCCAUGGGAGAGGGGAGUUCCUUGGGAGAUGGGAAUCUUCUGGGAGAUCUGGGAGCUAAAAGUUCUCCGGGAGCUGGGAAUCAUCUGGGAGCUGGGAAUUCCCUGGGAACUGGGAAUCCUUUGGGAGCUGGGAAUUCCCUGGGAACUGGGAAUCCUCUGGGAGCUGAAAGUUCUCUAGGAGCUGGGAAUCAUCUGGGAGCUGGAAAUUCCUUGGGAGCUGGGAAUCUUCUAGGAACUGGGAAUUCUCUGAGAGCUGGAAAUUCCCUGGAAGCUGGGAAUCCCCUGGAAGCUGGAAAUCCUCUGGAAGCUGGGAAUUCUUUGGGAACUGGGAAUCCUCUGAGAACUGGGAAUUCCCUGGAAACGGAGAAUUCCCUGGGAGCCCCUCUGGAGCUGCUGGCCGCCGGGAUCCAGCUGAGCCGGGCGCUGACCAAGGGCGCGUCCGGCCUGGCGGCCGUGGGGCCGGCCCUGCGGCGGGCGGCGGCGGCGCUGGAAUUUCGGGAACGUUCCGGAAGGAUCCUGUGGGCGCUGCUGGAAUGUUCCCAGUUCGUGCUGGCGCAGCUCGGGGAGGUGCUGGGCCGCAGCCGGGAGCUGCCCCUCGGCCGCCGGGAGAUUCCCGGGAUUUGUGGCUUCUGCCAGGGCCACGCCCGGGCGCUGCGGCGGCUGCUGGCACAGGUCCCUGCAGACUCCAUCCAGGAUCAGGUGCUGGUGACGCAGCUGCUGUUCCAGGGCCUCCAGCUCUUCUCCAACGCCAUCCAUGAAAUCUUCCAGCGCUGCCAGGCCUCGGAGUGGCCAGAGCUGGCCCAGGUGACCGCCAGCUGUGUCCAGAGCGUCACCUGGAUGCUGGAGGGGCUGGAGGGGCUGCCCGAGGCCGAGAGGGGCAAGUUCCUCGAUGUCACCGCUGCGGCCGUGCUGCGCCUGGGCCAGGCCCUGCAGGCCCGGAAGGUUCCGGAAGCGGCCGGAGCCGUGUGUGAGCCCCUGUGCCAGGCGGUGCUGGCCGGACACGGCUACGGCUGGGCCGGGGUCAGCCCGGAGCGGCUCCACAGGUGCUUCCGGCUGCAGGUGGAGGCCUGGCGCUGCCGGGGCCGGCCCGAGCGUGCCCUGGACGCCGUGGCCCAGUGGCUGCUGGCCCUGGGGACACACGGCCAGCCCAUCUCUGACUCCCUGGUGGCCGAGCCGGUGGCGCUCUGGGCCAGGAUCAAGACAGAGGCGGCCAAAGAGGGAGCGGAGGAGCUGCGGCUGCGGACCCUGCGGGACGCCCUGGAGUCCCAGUCCCGAUCCCAUUCCCGACCCCUGUCCGGGGACACCGUGCUGCUCCUGCUGCUGGCCGAGCUCCAGGCCUACAAAUCCCUGCGGGGCCCCACGGGGCCAGAGCGCUACAACGUCCUCUGCGACCUGCUGGGCCUGUGGGACCCCGAGGGAGCCUGGGAUCCGCCGGGAUUCCGGGAUCCCGGGGGCAGCCGCGACCCCCCAGGAAUGCCGGACCCCGGCCGGAGCCUGCCCAGGGCGGUGGCGCUGCUGGAGCUGGGGCAGCUCCUGUGCAGCCAGAGCUUCAGCAGCCACACCGACUGCUCCGCCCUGGACGCGGUGCAGGAGGCCCUGAGGCUGCUGGAGGCGCUGGCCCGGAAUUCCCAGAGCUGCAAUUCCCAAAUCCGGGAUCGGCUCCUGGACGAGCGCGCCCAGGCCCUGCUCUGGCUCCACAUCUGCACCCUCGAGGCCCUGAUGGAAAAGAGCGUGGCUCGGGAGCAGCGGGGCCAGGCUCCGGAGCCGGGCUGGGAUCGGGAUCCGGAUCACGAGGGAGAGCGGCCGGAGCCGCGGGAUUUCGGGAUCCGCUGCAGCCUCAACUCCGAGCGCGCUCUGUCCAAACCCUUGGAUGAAGCCUUUUCCCUGUGGAAAAAGCUGCUGGAAAAUCCUGGAAUUCCCAAGGUGCGGAGCCCCGAGCAAACCCUGAGCUCCCUGCAGCUCCUGGCCGAGCUCUACCGCCUCCAGGACAAGCCCCUGCAGGCCCUGGAGAGUUUCCUGCUGCUGCGCUCGCUGUGCCGGCGCCUCGGCGAUCCGGCGGGAACGGCGAAUUCCCUGUGCCGGAUCUGCCGGAUCCUGCUGGAGCUGCGCUGCCCCGGCCCCGCCCAGAUUUUCCUGGAGGAGCUGGAAUCGUGCCUGGAUGAGGCCGAAGGCUCCGAGGAUUCCCGGCUGCUCCUGCGCCACUCGCGGCUCCUGCUGCGCAGCCAGCUCUGCUGCCUCCAGAAAAAGGCGGAGCAGGGCGUGGCGCUGCUGCUGGAGGCGCUGCAGGAGCUCCAGGCCCGCCGGGCCACGCGGGGCUGGUUCCUGGCCCAGGCCCAGGGGCUGCAGGUGGCCGCCGCCUUCCUGGAGCUGCCCCCGGCCCUGCUGGCGGCGCCGCUCCGGGAGCGGAUCCGGCGGCACGGCUGGAGCAGCCCCGAGGUGGCCCUGCUGGAGGCGCAGAAGCUGCUGCGGAGCGUCCUGGUGUCCCUGCUGGGCAGCCGCGUCCUGGGCAGCGCCCGCGGCCGCCCGCCCGAGGAGCCCAGCCCCGACGGCGGCCCGGCGCUGGUGCACAAGUGGCAGGCGCUGGGGGACGCCCUGGGCUGCUGCCGGCGCCUGGUGACGCUGCUGAGCCACUGCGAGGUGCUGAGCAGGGCCAGGGCCUUCUGCGGCGAGGGACUGACCCUGGCCGGACACCUGCAGGCCACCCGCUGGUGCACGUGGUUCCUGGUGCUGCAGUCGCAGCUGGAGCUGCAGCAGGGGGAACUGGAGCUGAGCCAGUCCCACCUCCAGCACGCCCAGUUCCUGCUCCAGCCCCAAACUGAACCCAAACCCCUCUGGGAACCUCCACGCCAUGCCAAGAUCCAGCUCCAGAAGAGCCACCUGGAGAAGAGAAAACCCCUGGAUCCCCUUCCCGACGGCGAGGACGAGGAGGAAUUCCUGAAGGGUCCCUCCCUGGACGUGCUGGCGUCUCCUCCGGCCGCGCUCCCGGAGCCGCCGGGCGCUCUGACGGCCUCGCCGGAGCUGAAGGAGGAAAGGAAAUGCUGGAAAAGUCUGGAAUUCCUGAGGCACCGCUGGGGAUGUCCCUGCUCCUCCUGCUCCGACCCGGCCCUGGUGGCGCUGGGGCUGCGCUGGCAGCUGGCACAAGCCCGGGCGUGGCUGGCGGCCGGGGCGGUGGCACCGGGGCUGGCGCUGGCGCGGCGGGCGCUGCCGCGGUGCGCCGGCACCGGUGCCCGGCUGGCGCGGCGGGCGUGGGGCUGCGUCCGGGCGGCGGGGCUGGGCCGUGGGGACGUCCCUGGGGAGGGGGACAGGGGUCUACAGGGCCCCUCUGGGGAUGGGGACGCGUUCAGGGACAAAGGAGUUGCUGGGGAUGGGGACAGGAGUCGGCCAGACCCCUCUGGGAAUGGGGACGGGGAUCUGCGGGGCUCCUCUGGGAUUAGGGACGCUUUUAGGGGCAGGGGAAUUUCUGGGAAUGGGGGUGUCCCUGGGAAUGGGGACACAUUUAUGGACAGGGCAAUUUCUGGGAAUGGGGGUGUCCCUGGGAAUGGGGACACAUUUAUGGACAGGGCAAUUUCUGGGAAUGGGGACACCUUUAGGGACAGGGAAAUUUCUGAGAAUGGGGACAUUCCUGGGAAUGGGGGUGUCACUGGGGAUGGGGACAGAAGUCUGCCAAAUCCCUCUGGGAAUAGGAACACUUUUAGGGGCAGGGAUGUCCCUGGGAAUGGGGACAUGGUCAGGGACAGGGGAAUUCCUGGGACUGGGGACACUCCUGGGAAUGGGGAUGUCCCUGGGAAUGGGGAUGUCCCUGGGAAUGGGGACACUUUUAGGGGCAGGGGAAUUCCUGGGAAUGGGGACACCCUUGGGGACAGGGACACUCCUGGGGACAGGGACCUGCAGGACCCCUGUGGGAUCAGGGACCUUCAGGGCCACCCUGGCCACGGGGACGCCUUUGGGGACAGGGACCCCGCUGGGGACAGGGACACUUUUGGGGACAGGGACCCUGCUGGGGACACUGCCCCGUCCCCUCCAGGCCCGCUGGCCGAGCUGGUGGCCACCGGCUACUCCACGCUGGCCCUGCAGAGCCUGACCAGUCCCUCCCAAUGCCCCCCAGUUUGGGAUGAAGAGCUGGAGCGGGGCCUGACCCUUUUGGGGUCCCAACGUCCCCCCGUGUCCGGCCUGGGGGUGGCCGUGGCCACUCUGCUGCUGGCCAAAGCCGUGGCCACCCUCGGCCGCGUGGCCACCGCCCGCGGCUGCUCCACCGAUGAAAUCCUAGCCCAGGCCUGGACCCCCUAUCCCCCACCCACCCCAGACCCCCCAAAACCCCAAAAAACCCCCAAAGCUCCCCCAAAAACCAGACCCCAAAAAGCCAAAGCCGCCAAAGCCAAGGCGGGGAAGACCCCAAAAGCGAAACCCCCCAAAACUGGGGACAUUUUCGCCCUGGGGGAUUCGGACCCCGAGGUGCCCCUCAUUGUCCUGAGGCCGGGGGGGCCCUGCACCCCUCACCCCAAAUCGGGGGCGCCCCCAAAAGCGCUGGUUGGGGGGCCCAGGACCCCCUUCACCAUCUUCAGCGAGGAGCCCUCCCCGCCCGGGGGCAGCUCCCGGCUCCGCAGGGCCCCCAAAAUCCCCGGGAGGGUCAAGUCCCGGAUCAGGGUGACAUUCAGUGACAGCGACCCCGAGGAGCCCCAAAUCCCCCCAGAUCCCCCCAAAACCACCCGCAAAAAUUCCUGUGCCCAGAGGAGGAUUCAGCCCCAAAAAUCCCCCGGGAAUUCUCCGGGAAUUGCGGCUCGGCCCCGGCGGGGGCGGCCCCGGAAGGAGCCAGAGACCCCCAAAAACAGGGAAAAAAGGGGAAUCAACCAUGUGGAAAAUGUGGAAAAGCAGGAAAAUGGCAGCCCCCAAACGGCUGGAAAUCCCAAAGCGGAAAACGUGGAAAAGAAGGAAAAGGGGAAAUCCCAAAAAACUCUGGAAAUGAAGGAAAACAGGGGUCCCCGCUGGGGAAAGAAGGAGAGGAGGACCCCAAAAAGUGGAAUUUUGGAGGAAAAGAGGAAUUGGGAAUUCUCUGGGAUUGAGGACCGGGACCCCCUGAGGGCCAUGGAGGAGGAAGAGGAGGAAGAGGAAGAAAUGAGCUUCGAGCUCCCCCCACUGCCCCCAGGUGGAGCCAGCAAGGAAAUCCCAGGAAUUUGGGAUAAGGGGGAUCCACCAAAUCCAGAGGGAUCCCAGCCCAGUGACCCCUCGCUGACCGCUGACCCCUCGCUGACCACUGACCCCUCGCUGGCCGCGGUGCGGUGGCUGCUGGCCGAGGCGCUGGCGUGGGUGGCUCACUGCCCGCCGGGCUCUCUCUACGGCCGCCUGUGCCAGCUGCUGGCGGUGGCCCUUGGGGACAGGGACCCGCUGGCCACCGCGGGGCUGCUGGCCGAGUCCCUGGGUGUCACCCUGCGCCACCAGCUGCUGGCCAUCGUCCACGCCCGGGCACGGAAGAAGAGGAAAGCGGCAGCCGGAGGCGACAUCUCAGACCAGCUCCAGGGCCUCUCCCUGGAUUCCCAAAAUUCCGAGGAUUCCCAGUCCCACCUGGCCGAGCUGGAGGAGCUUUUCCAGUUCAGCUCCGCAGGUUUGGGGCCGGCAGAGCGGGAACGGUUCCGGGAGCAGCUCCAGAAGAUUCCCAGCGGCGUCACGGUGUGCCAGCUGUGCCUGGCCGGUGCCAGCCCCGGCGCCGCCGGGGACGCGCUGCUGCUGACGCGGCUGGAGCGCGGCGCGGAGCCGCUCAGCGUGCGCAUCGACACCCGGCGCGGCCAGGCCCCCCUGAGCGAGAUCCUGCGGGAACUGGAGCGGAUCCAGCGGGAGCAGCGCGAGGCCAACGCCUGCACCGAGCGCCAGGAGUGGUGGGAGCGCCGGUCCCGCCUGGACCUGCGCAUGCAGAGCCUGAUCCAGAGCCUGGACUCGGAGGUUUUGGGGUGCUGGCGGGGGCUGCUGCUGCCCCGGGACCCCCAGAAUUCUGUCCUGGAUGAGCAGGAAUUGGCUCAGCUGCUCCAGGAGCUCCGGGAAUGCGGCUGGGAGAGACCCGAGCCAGCCCUGCUCCGGGCGCUGCUGGCGGGGCUGUGUCCGGCCGAUGUCCGGCUGCUGGCCGCGGCGCUCUGUCCGGCCCGGCCGCUGCGGGCGCGGCUGCUGCUGGACGAGGCCCUGGAGCGGCGCCGGGAGGAGCCCGAGGGCAGCGCGGGGUCCCUGGUGCUGCUGCUGGACAGGCACCUGCAGCGGCUGCCCUGGGAGAGCUCCGGGACGCUCCGGAACCUUCCGGUGACGCGGCUGCCGGGGCUGCGCUUCCUGCUCAGAUACGGCCUGGGACAGCAGCACGCAGGGUCGGUGCUGGGCCGGGGUGUGGACCCCCAGAGCGCGUUCUACGUGCUGAACCCCCAGCGUGACCUGGGCGGCACCGAGGAGCGGUUCCGCGCCUGGUUCCAGAGCCAGCCCGGCUGGCGCGGGGUGUCGGGGGCAGCACCGAGCCCGCAGCAGCUGCAGGAGGCGCUGGGCGAACGCGACCUCUACAUCUACGCCGGGCACGGGGCGGGGGCGCGGCUGCUGGACGGGCACAGCCUGGCACGCCGACCCUGCCGGGCCGUGGCGCUGCUCUUCGGCUGCUCCAGCGCCGCGCUGGCACCGCGGGGGCUCCUGGAGCCCUCAGGAACCAUCCUCAACUUCGUCCUGGCCGGGUGCCCGCUGGCUCUGGGCACGCUGUGGGACGUCACGGACCGGGACCUGGACCGGCUGGCGGGGGCGCUGCUGCGGGGGUGGCUGGGGGGCGGCCCCGGGACCCCCCUGCUGGCCCAGCUGGCCCAGGCCCGGGGCGCCCCCAGACUCAAAUCCCUGAUCGGGGCCGCGCCCGUGGCCUACGGGCUCCCGGUGUGCCUGCGCUGAGGGGUUCGGGGGGCUUUUGGGGUCCCUUCGGGGCUUUUGGAGUCCCUUUGGCAUCUUUGGGGUCCCUUCGGGGCUUUUGGGGUCCCUUCGGGGCUUUUGGGGUCCCUUUGCCAUCUUUGGGGUCCAUUUGCCAUCUUUGGGGUCCCUUUGGGGCUUUUGGGGUCCCCCCAUUGGUUGGAGUGAGGGUUUGGGGUCCCUUUGUCAUCUCUGGGGUCCCUUUUGGCUUUUUGGGGUCCUUUUGGGGUCCCUUUAGUGGUUUUUGGGGUCCCUUUGCCAUCUUUGGGGUCCCUUUGCCAUCUUUGGGGUCCCUUUGGGGCUUUUGGGGUCCCCCCAUUGGUUGGAGUGAGGGUUUGGGGUCCCUUUGUCAUCUCUGGGGUCCCUUUUGGCUUUUUGGGGUCCUUUUGGGGUCCCUUUAGUGGUUUUUGGGGUCCCUUUGGCAUCUUUGGGGUUCCCCCAUUGAUUGGAGUGAGGGUUUAGGGUCCCUUUGGGACUUUUGGCAUUUUUGGGGUCCCUUUGCUGAUUUUGGGGUCCCUUUGGUGUUUUUGGGGUCCCCCAUUGAUUGGAGGGAAGAUUUGGGGUCCCUUUGGGUUGCCUUUGGCAUUUUUGGGGUCCCUUUGUCAUCUUUGGGGUCCCUCUAUUGGUUGGAGGGAAGAUUUGGGGUCCCUUGGGGUCCCUUUUGGCAUUUUUGGGGUCCCUUUGGCAUUUUUGGGGUCCCUUUGGCACUUUUGGGGUCCCUUUGGUGUUUCUGGGGUCCCCCAUUGGUUGGCAGGAAGAUUUGGGGUCCCUUUGGGUUCCCUUUGAUAUUUUUGGGGUCCCCUCCAUUACAUGAUGUGCAUUUUGGGGGGGGUCCCCAGUUGUUUUUGGGGUUCCCCUGCCCCCGCGGGGAUUUUUGGGGUGUCUGAAGGGAUGAGGGGGGUUGCGGGUGGGAGGGGUUGGAUCUGCUUGGAUUUUUAUGAGAUUAACCAAAUUUUGGAACAAAAUUUGCUUUUAUUUGCCCGUUUCACAACAAUAAAGCUGCUGCACCCCCAAA